UAAAAAUGGCCACUUGGGAAGAAUAUUUGGGUGCUCAACAGGCGAACGAUGGCGUCCAAUUCACGUGGAACAUGUGGCCACACAGUCGAGUGGAUUCUCAGAAGCUUGUCGUCCCGCUCACCUGCUUUUUCACGCCGCUGAAGGAGCGCCCAUCAACAGAAGUCGCCCAACCACCACUGGAAUAUGAUCCGGUUUUGUGCCAAAAAGCCAGCUGUAAAGCGAUUUUAAACCCACUUUGCGCCGUCGAUUAUCGCGCCAAAAUCUGGAUGUGCCCAUUCUGCAACAAUCGGAAUCCGUUCCCGGCUCAUUAUGCGGCAAUUGCCGAGGAUAACCGCCCGCCGGAGCUCUAUCCACAAUUUACAACCAUUGAGUACACGCUUCGAAAAGCCACCACAAUGCCGCCGAUCUUCGUUUUCGUCGUCGACACGUGUAUGACUGCAGAGGAGCUGAAAUCGCUGAAAGAAUGCCUUCAAACUGCUCUCUCGCUGCUCCCAGCCGAUGCUCUCGUCGGAUUGAUCACCUACGGUAGAAUGGUCCAGCUGCAUGAGCUCAACACUCAGGGAAUCUCGAGAAGCUACGUUUUCAAGGGAACGAAGGAAGUGACAGCGAAACAAAUCAAGGAUGUAAUGGCCGGCGGUGGCCUAUCUCAACGUCCUGCUGCUGGAGCCCCUGGAGCCCCUGCUGGUGCUCCGGGAGCCCCAAUGGCAAUGGGAAGCGGUGCUGCUCCACUGGGCCAACUCCCAGGCUCUGGUCUUCCAGGAGGCCUUCCACGUGGUGGUGGACCACCACUUCCAGGAGCCGCCCAAGGAAUUGUUGCUCCAGGCGGUGGAGCCCCCGUGCCACACGCCCCCGCAAACAAAUUCCUACAGCCAAUCAGUGAAUGUGAUGAAUCGAUUAAUGAUCUUAUUGAUCAGAUUAGUAUUGAUCGAUGGCCAGUACCACAGGGACAUCGUCCGUUGAGAGCAACUGGAGCAGCUCUAGCCGUUGCUGUUACCCUUUUGGAGUCAUGCUUCCCAUCAACGGGAGCCCGUAUCAUGUCAUUCAUCGGCGGAGCAUGUACCCACGGCCCAGGAGCAGUCGUCGGCGAGGAGCUCAAGAAUCCCAUUCGAUCAUGGAAUUCGAUCAAAGAAGACGCAGCGCCAUACAUGAAAAAGGCCAUCAAAUUUUACGACGGCCUAGCGGCCCGAAUCGUUAAAAACGGGCACGCCGUUGAUGUCUAUUCGUGUGCUUUGGAUCAAACUGGGCUUUUGGAAAUGAAGAAUAUGUUUAAUUCAUCCGGUGGACACGUUGUAAUGGGAGAUUCAUUUAAUUCGUCGCUUUUCAAGCAAACUUAUCAACGAAGUUUUGAUAAGGAUUCGGCUGGAAAUUUGAAAAUGGGAUUCAACGCGACAAUGGAAGUGAAAGUCGGUGCGGGACUCAAAAUUGAAGGUGUUCUCGGAUGCUGUGCAAGUGGAAAUGUUCGAAAUGCCAACGUUUCUGACCAAGAAAUGGGAAUUGGAGGCACUUGUCAAUGGAAGUUUGGAGCGAUCUCGCCGCGCACUACGAUUGGAGUCGUUUUUGAGAUUGCCGCGCAACAUGGAUCCGCAAUUCCGCAAGGUGGCCGUGGAAUGGUUCAAUUCGUGACCCAAUAUCAGCAUGCGGAUGGACGUAAACGUAUUCGGGUGACAACGACGUGCCGUACGUGGGCGGAUAUGGCGACUCAGCAGCCAAAUAUCGCAUAUGGAUUUGAUCAGGAAGCUGCUGCCGUUGCAAUUGCCAGGCUCGCGUCAUUUAGAGCAUCCAAUGAGAAUGAUACCCCGGAAGCACUUAGAUGGUUGGAUAGAUCGCUGAUUCGAUUGUGUCAAAAAUUCGGCGAAUACUCGAAAGACGAUCCGAACAGUUUCCGACUAUCGGACAAAUUCUCGCUAUUCCCACAAUUCAUGUUCCACCUGCGUCGUUCACAAUUUCUACAAGUAUUCAAUAAUUCGCCCGAUGAAACUGCAUACUAUCGACACAUUUUGUUCUCGGAGAACGUGUUGGAGAGUACGACAAUGAUUCAGCCCGUCUUGUUUAGCUAUUCGUUUAAUGGACCCCCGGAGCCAGUGCUUCUCGACACAUCAUCAAUCCUUGCCGACCGUAUUCUCCUCAUGGAUGACUAUUUCCAUGUGCUCAUCUAUCACGGACAAACGAUUGCUCAAUGGCGGAAACAGAAUUUCCACGAAAAUCCGCAAUACGCCACAUUCAAGCAACUUCUCGAGGCUCCCGUCGCCGAUGCGACCUCAAUUCUUCAGGAACGAUUCCCGAUGCCACGUUACAUUGUGACAGAGCACGAGGGUUCACAAGCCCGGUUCUUGUUGUCGAAAGUCAAUCCAUCACUGACGCAUAAUAAUCCAUAUGCUAAUGAAGCCGGUUCCGCUGUAUUCACCGAUGACGUGUCACUUCAAGUUUUUAUGGAACAUUUGAAGAAGCUCUCCUCCAGCUCUUCAACAUAACUAUUAAUUUAUUGAUUUAUUGAUUUUUUUAAAAGUAGAUAUUCCCCCCUGAAAACACCCCCAGAAAAAUGUUUUAUUAUUUAUUGAUUGAUUGAUUGAUGUAUAAAAGUAAAAGACACG